CCACCACCACCAACAACCAGCUAACAGGUUGGACGACCACGCCCACUUCCCCUCCAAGCGGCAAUGCAGUCCGUGCCAUUGCUCCUCAGGCAAUCGCUACGAUCCGGUCUGACCCUGUCCACGAGACCAGCCCGUCCGUUACGGCCGCCGCAAUUCCCCCCAGCGAAAGCAGCCCGUAUCCGGAGCAGGGAACCAUUGAGGAGUUUCUCGGUAUGCCUGCGAUGUCAAUUCAGAACAAACCCUUCUCUAUUCCUAGACAAUGAAUCGAAUAAAUCAAAAGAACCACAAGCCCACCCCUCCGAAUCUGUGAAUACGUCCUCCUGGUCCUCGCUGUCAGACAAUGGAAGUUCUUCACCAAUUGUCGACUCGGGAGAGGUUCGACACACAAUAGCGGAGGAGACCAAGGAGAAGGAAUUAAGACAAGGAGAGAAAAAUCAAACCAGGGAGGAAAGCCCUGAUGAUCCGGCAACGCAGCGCGGGAGUCUCCCGUCCUACCUGGACGAACGGAGGUCGCAGCUCUCCAAGCGGUUCUCCUCGGUGAUGGAUAACUUGCAAUCGAACGUAUUUGUGGCCGGGCAGAGAUUGAACGACUUCACAGGCUACUCUGCCAUCGAAGUACUGAAACGGGAUAUCCAAGAGCAGGAGGAACGAGUGCGUGCAUGCCGAAUGCGAGUCCAGGAAACGAAAUUGGCCUACGCUGGCGCAAUCAACGAGCGGUCGACUUCACAGCGCGAGAUUAACGAACUCCUGCAGCGCAAGCAUGCAUGGUCGGCGCCGGACCUGGAACGGUUCACGCACCUGUACCGCAACGACCACGCGAACGAGGUUGCAGAGCACGAGGCGCAGGAAGCCCUGUCGGCCGCCGAACGGGAGGCAGAGGAGGCCGCCACGCAGCUCAGCAAGAGCAUCCUCUCGCGCUACCACGAGGAACAGGUCUGGUCGGACAAGAUCCGCCGCAUGAGUACCUGGGGCACCUGGGGUUUGAUGGGGGUCAACGUGCUGCUAUUCCUUGUCUUUCAGAUUGCCGUUGAGCCCUGGCGGCGACGCCGGCUCGUGCGUGGCUUCGAGGAAAAAGUCAUCGAGGCUCUCGAGAAGGAAAAAGCCCUCAGCCAGGCCCAGAUCACCUCUGCCAUCCAGAGCGCCAUCCCGGAGAGCUUCACGGCACCUACCCCUCCUCCGGCUGUCUUGGAGCCGGAGCCCGAGCCUGUCAUCAUCGAAGAGACAAUCCCCGAGGUGAUUGAUUCUGAGAUUGUCACCGAUCCUCCGGAAGAGGCAGACCCAAAGCCAGAGCAAGCAACAGUAACGUCAGCAACAGCAGUACCUGACACCGUUCAACCGGAGAUCUCGCAUUAUCCCCAGGCUAUACCAGCCAGCGCCACCAAAAUAAUCGACCACAUCCUGCAAACCAGCCAAUCGCAACUCUCCCAACUGUCGCGCCUCCUCUUCAACUCCUGGCCGCACGACCUGCACGACCUCGACCUCUUCAGCGAGCGUAGCAUCUCGCUCUCCCGCCGGGAAUUCACCGCCGUGGCGAUCCAGAGUGCUGCAGCUGGUGCGGCAUUGACGGGCCUGAUCAUCGCUCUAAUCAGAUGAGAUGAUAUUUGUAGAUACUGCAUCACUAGAUAUCCUGUCAAAAGGUUUCCCGAGGAUGAUUUGUAUAGCAAAGUGUAUCAAAUAUAUCAAAUAAUUUUAUGGAUAGAAAUCAAGGGUAUAUAAAGAAUGCAUCUAAAAAGCGAG